AGUGAGUUGUCGCCUAAUCAGUGAGUACUACAGAAGUGACGCAUGACAGCGGAUCCUUGAACUAGAAAAUCUAUUUUGAAAGUUUCUUGCCACGCAAACCGGUCGUGUUUCUCUUGUACAUGAAUGCAGUUAAAGCAGAAAGCGUUGAGUGAGGGUCACUGUUGCUGCUGCAGCGCUUUGUGUGCGUGUAUUCUCUAGAGACUAGCGCAUCAGUGUUGUUAGCGCCUUCAGCAGCUUCACAGUGCUCCAAUUCAUCAGGAUGGUUGUGCUGAAGAGUUUGCAUCCACCCAGCGAGGGCGUGAGGCUCCAGCAGGCCGACACCACAGCAGUUGUGGACAGGAAGAGACUGGGAUCAGGAACGCUGUUUGUGGCUGAGGCGCAUCUGUCCUGGUUUGAUGGUUCAGGGAUGGGUUUCUGUCUUGAAUAUCCCUCCAUCAGUCUCCAUGCAGUCUCACGAGAUCUCAGCGCCUUUCCAGAAGAGCACCUGUAUGUGAUGGUCAAUGCAAAGCUGGACGAUGAAGCUGAAGCUGAGCAGCUGGAUAAAGCUUCGGAUGAUGAGGAGAGCGACAGUGACGAUGAAGACUCGGGAACUAUCACAGAGAUCCGCUUCGUGCCCAGUGAUAAAACCAGAUUGGAGCCCAUGUUCUCCAGCAUGUGUGACUGUCAGGCCCUGCACCCCGACCCCGAUAACGUCGACACCGACGAUGACGAUUACGAGGGAGAGGAGUACGACGUCGAGGAGGCUGAGCAAGAGCAGGGUCAGGUUCAGGGUGACGUCCCCGUGUUUUACAGCUAUGAGGAGGGUUUGUCUCAGCUGACGGCCGAGGGUCAGGCCACACUGGAGCGUCUGGAAGGGAUGCUGGCGCAGUACCACAUGGCUGGAGUCAGAAAUGACCAGCCAUCGGCUCAAUUUGAAGAAGCAAUGGAAGUCGACUCAAACACAGUCGCUGGACAGUUUGAUGACGCCGAUGUGGAUCACUGGUUAAUAAAUAUAUACAAACGUGUCUUCAAAAUCACAUUUGACCAAUUCCAUUUCCAGUCCUGGUGUUAUUUAUAUAGUUGUGGCAAUUCUAAUUAAAUAAAAAUUUGUAGAGACUGAGCAUGAAAAACCAAACAGAGUUUUGUCUUUGUAUUGCUUUAAUUCUCUGCAGAGAAUGAUCUGGUUUACACACAGCUUCUGAGUCUGUGUGCAAACAGAUAACACACAGACUCACAGCCCACUUUUUAGGUAUGCAAAAAGAUACAUUGAAGGACAGUUUAGGACCUCUGAGCCAAUCAUGUUGCUCCGUGCACAUCACAUCAUAACACAUGCACAUCUCAUGCACAUCUCAUCGUAGAUGCCUGGUAACUCUCAAAAACUGUCUGUCUCUGCUACACAGUUUCCCCUCAAAUGUUGUUUUUCAGCCUAAAGCAGUUACGUGCACAAGUUACAUAAAAUAACUCAAUGUCCCUAUGGAGUAUAUAUACUACCUUAUUCACUGUAUGUUUAAAAAGAUACUUAUAUGAGAUGAAUGCAAUCAAUGCCAAAUCAACAAAACUAAACAUUUCCAUAACACUCCUCCCUUUUGAUCAUUAUUGAUCACUUAUAUUGAUUAAAUGCAGAUAAAUUUGUGAACACACUACCCUUAUAGUUUACAUCAAUCAUGUAAAUUCAGGAUUUUAAACACCAGUACUCUCAUAAGGGUGAAAAAAAAGCAUCUGCGUUGUUUUUUUAUGGAACAAAGUCAUUCCUAACAUAUAACCUCUGGUGGCGCUCGAACCGUCCUGCAGUGACUUGCGUGUACCCACGUAGCUCUCUCUCUCUCACUUUCACCUCAGAUAUGUGUGUUAUCAGCAAGGCCUGAUAUCAUGCAAGACUCCUUCCGCUGGCUUGGGCAGAGCGUCCUUGACCUGCUGAGAUAUCUGAGAGAGAGCAAGAGACAACUUUCUACUACACUUCAGCAUGUCAUCUUCACACAAGGCUGUAGAGGACAGUGGUUGUGCUUCUGGUCUUACUCCAUUGGAGGUUGGCCUGCCAAACAAAAUAUCAAAUGGACUCAAGUUAGACUGUUCUUUUUCCUCAUUCUCAUAUACAUUAACACAAUGGGGAGCGCUUUUACCCGAGACAGUCCUGUUUGCUCACAACACUUCAUUAAUUUGUUCUUUAAUGUCACACCUGACUGAUAUUUUCAUUUUGCACACAGUGUGGGAAAAAGUGUUUGGCAGACAUGGUCUGUCUUCAGUACUCGGCCUUUUUUCAGUUUGCACUCGGCCUUCACCCGUUGUUUCUUGUCCUCUGCUGUGGCAAAAGCUUGCAUAGCUGUAAGAUAACCAGAAGGGAGUGUGAAUUAAUCAGUGUUAAAUGUUACACAGGUAAAAGAAAGUUCUGUUCUCUCAGCUGUGUCCUUCACUGUGGUAUCAGCUUACUUGUUUCCUAAAAUCACAAAAUCAUAACUUUUGGAAUGUGUGACGCAUUUGUAGAUAGCAACUAACUUUUUUAUCAUGGUUAAAUCAGGCUUACCUUCAGACUUCCACAAUGCCCUAAAAUCAUGAUAAACCCCAAAAUAAUAACAAGAAUUUGUAAAAAUGGUAACUGUUUGUCCAUCAGCGAUUUUGCUUGCCUCCGUCAAUGCUACAAACUCAGCCGCUUGCGCAGAGCAAUGCGCGGGGAGCGCUCCAGAUCUUAUUGUUGCAUAUGCAGUGGUUACAGCUUAACUUGUUCUGUUUUUGCCAAUUAUUUGGGUCUCUAGAUGCUGAACCAUCAAUGAAUAGAAUUAAGUCUGCAUUUUCUAAGGGCGUUUCUUUUAAAAUCUGGUCUUGGUUGACAGACCUGUUCAAAUGUGGCAACACAAUCAUGUUCUUCCCCAUCCUGCUUCGUAGGGACCAGUGUAGCUGGAUUUAACACUGUGCAUCUUUUAAUUGUGAUGGCAUUUCUAAUAGAAUUGCAUUGUACCUGAGCCACCUGGCCGUUGACAAAUGACAGUGUUGGAUUGCAUUCAACCUUUUCUUCUGCUGUCUCCACCCAAUUUACAUACAAAAAAAUACAUAUUUUUACAAAUAAACCAAUGUCUUUCCUAUGUUCAUUUUUCUUUUUGGACAAUGAAACAUGUGGAAGAGAAUCAAACAACAUUUGCUGUUCAUUUCUCAAAUCAACAGAAACAGCGCAUCUAUUUUAUGUCUCGAUUAACCAUUUCAGGUCUGUUGUUUCUAUACAUGAAACCAUUUUUGUUCUAAAAUGUAAUCUUUUCCCAAUGAUGUAUGUGCUGAGCAAUGUAAAUCAGAGAAUGGCAUAAUUCAGAAUAAGGUGAAACUGUCUUUUGCAGCCUUGACAAGCUUUUCACAUAAUUCAUCAUCUCUCCGUUUACACUGGUAAACACACAACUGCCAUUGUUGGAUUGUGGCUAAAGUUUGAAUUUGGCGUUAAAUCUCUUUCUUGCAAAUUUUGAAGGCAGUUUUCUGACAGUAGUAAACAAUGCUUAAAGUUCAUGCCGUUCUAAUCUUUACAUCUCAAAGGUACAGUGAAAUAUUCUCUGACCGUAUAACCAGAUGCAGUCGUAGACCAAACUAAAUUUCCACUUAAUUUUGGAAUUGGAUCUAUUUCAUCCAGCCCUUUCAACUCCAUUAACCCAUAAUCUAUGUGGCAUUUGUUUAUAAAUUAAUUUAUGUGCCUAUGUUCUUGUUGGGAGAAAAUUUAUCAUUUUCUAAUCUUCCAAUGUGAUCAUGUAUUAAAGCAAGCAUACUUCCUUCAUUGCAGUGAGCGGAAACAUGAGCAAGCAUACUUCCUUCAUUGCAGUGAGCUUUAGAGAAAGUGUGUGUGUUUUCAGACUUAUCUGUUUGUGCUGCGUGGCCUUGGUGGACUUUGCUCCCGACUCCCCCCUUCUUCUCCAGCGUCUGCUGUGAAAGUCUCUGUUGUCAGUCUGCCUCAGCUUUCUCUGGUCCAGCCGCCGUUUGGUUGAUCAAAUGUGCACAGUGAAAUUUUUCAAUGUCCCCUCUCCACCAGUAAAAGCAAACAUCUGGAUCAGUCUGAGACAGUCCUUGUCCUCUGCUCUUCUGCGUGAUUUUGGUGGUGUUCACUCUGACUAGAAAAACUUGUCUUUUUCGAGACACCCCCAACCCCCCCCUCCCCUGCAAUCCUCGACUUUACCUGGAACGCGUCCUUUUUUUUUUUUUCAAUAUGAAUGGAAUUUCAAAAUCAAGUCCCGCAGACGUCUGUCUCCCUUCCAUGAAACCUUCUUGGGGUUUAGGGCUAAACCCUUUGUGUUGUUUGCACCUGAUGCAAUGUGGAGUUAGUUUACAGGUUUCUCAAGCAGUUUGUGAUGAUUUUGGAAACAGGAGAUGAGCCCCUGGUCUAAUGCACCACCUGUCUUGAGAAACCCGUUCUCAAAGACUUACUUUUAGUCAUUAUUUUAUUUGGGUAACACACAUAAUCUGAAUGCCGUCGGCAGAAUUCAAAUGAGCCAUUUUAAUCUAGAUUAAUUCCAAGAUUUCAGUGAGAUUAAUCUAGAUUAAUAUAUGCCCACCUCUAAUAUAUAUAUUUAUAUAAGGGGUAUGUUCAGCUUUUUAUAUUAGUUUUCAGUACUUCUGUUAUUUAAAAGAAACAAAACCUUUUUUUUUAGAGUUAAUAUAUUUUAGUUGUUUUAUGCUAUUAUUAUUUAUUUCAGUUGCGGUUUUUGUAAUUUUGUAUUUUUGUCUUUUUUUUUAUUAGUUUGUUUAAAUGUUAGCUAUUUUUUCAUAUAAACAUUUCGCUUUAAAAAUAUUUGUCUAUUAAGAUUUAAAAAAUAAAAAAUAAUUUAUUUUAAGUGUUUUUGAUAAAAUAUAUAUAUAUAUUUUUUUUAAACAUUACCAAUAUUUUUUUAAACCUAUAAUUCUAUAUUGCUUUAUUUCAGAUUUAGUGUUUAAUAUUGUAGUACUUCAGUACUUAUUUCAUAUAGUUUACAAGGCAACGUUUCAAAUUUUCAUUUUAAGAUUUUCAGGUUUGAAUUUUUCAUUGAAUAUUUAUAUUUUAUUCCUUCUUUAUUUCAGUCACUGAAUACCAUUUUUAAUUGACAAAAGCAACACUGGUUCUGGACAGGAAGUGAUGACACACUUGAUCUGAGUGUGUUUGAUUCUCGUCAGACUAAUGACUGUGUUGCUGCUGUUGUGUGAAUCUGUGUUGAAGCUCCUGUGUGACUCUGAACUCCUCGAUGUGUUGACAGAUGAACAGCAUUUCUGUACGGCUGAUUGAAGCACUUCAGUGUGGCAUGCUGGGAUACCGGCUGACUCUCAAAGCGAUUACUGCAUUUCUGUCUUUCCUUGCUUGUGGCUGUAUAUUUCUCUGAGCCUCGGCCAUGUGUAGCUUCCACUCAUGUAUUUUGUAGUUUUCCCUGAAGCUCCAGAAUUUUCAUCCUCAUUGGAGUUAUGUUGAAAAGUUUGUUCAAGAUUUCAAUAAAUACAGCUGUUUUUGUACCAAA